AUGGUGAAAUUCGACGUCUCACUGUUGAAUUUUAUGGAGGAUGAGGAUUUUCGGAUCCUGACGGCGCUGGAGAUGAGCAUGCGGAAUCACGACGUGGCGCCGACCGCGCUCAUUGAGCGGAUCGCCCAGCUCCCCCACGGUGGCUGCCGCAAGCGGCUGAAGGAGAUGCUCAAGCAGAAGCUCCUCCACCACGAGAACACCGCGUACGACGGCUAUGCGAUGAAGUACGCCGCGUACGACCUCCUCGCGCUUCGGACGCUGCGGAAACGAGGGAGCUGCGUGGGAGUUGGCCACCGCAUCGGCUGCGGGAAGGAAUCCGACAUCAUCCUCGCCCACGACGCCCUCGAGCAGCCCUGCGUGCUGAAACUGCAGCGCCUCGGGCGGUGCUCCUUUCGCAGCGUGAUGCGGAAUCGGGAUUACAAAGGUAGGGGCCGUGCGCGGCACGGGGAGAGCUGGUUUUACCUUUCCCGCCUCGCGAGCCAAAAGGAGUUUUCGUUUAUGAAGGCGCUCUACGAGGAGGGCUUCCCGGUCCCCCGCCCGAUCGAUCAGAACCGCCACGCCCUGCUGAUGGAGCUCGUGCCCGGGACGCUGCUCAACAACAUCCUCCACCUCGGGGAUGCGGAGACAGUCUAUCGGCGGUGCCUCGACCUCAUGGUGAAGCUCGCCGAGGCGGGACUGAUUCACGGCGAUUUUAAUGAGUUCAACCUGAUGAUCACGGACGAUCAGCAUGUCGUGAUGAUUGACUUCCCGCAGAUGGUCUCGAUCAACCACCCGAACGCGGAUGAGCUCUUCGAUCGAGAUGUGCUGAACCUCGCGAACUUCUUUCAGCGCCGCUUUAAGGUCAACGCGCGGUACUUUCCGAGCUUGGAAAAGGACGUCGUGCGGAAGAGUGAGCUCGACAAGCGGGUGCUCGCAAGCGGGCACUUCACGAAGAAGGAUCAGGAGGAUUUGGAGCGCAUGAUGAAGGAGGCCUUUGCCGGGCGCGGCGAGGAAGCUAAGGCGUCUUCGGAUUCAAGCGACGAGGACGCGUCCGUUUCGUCCUCCGAGGACCGAGAUUCCUUACACAAGGAGGGGGAUCAAGCGAAUGCGGAUUCCGUCCCACCUGGUGAUAUUCGUGAAAGUAGGGAUCUAAGCGCUUCAGGCGAUUUUAAUAUCGUUGGAGGUGGGGAUCCAAGGGGCCGUCCGACCCCGUCGGGAAGCGAUGAAUCCGACAGGGAUUCCCUUGAUCAGGCCAUGGCGAAGAAUCAGUUAGAUCGCGCGUAUAGCGUGCCUGAUCAUCAUCUCAACGCGAACUUUUUGCCUGACGGUAGAAUUAAUGAGCAGCAUAUCCAGGACCAGGUUCGAAGAGACCUUCGUAGGCAAGAUAACCGUAAUUUCAACCACGGAUUGCGCAGAAACACUCAAAAAGGCCGUGAUAAGCAAAAAAUACGCCGCCAGGUGAAGAAUGCGGGCGGUAACGGGUUUUUCGAUUGA